AACGAAUAAUAUUUCAUUAAAAAUUGAAUAAAACAUAUUGUUUUUAGGCAUUUAUGGGUCAGAAAAUGAAGAUCCAGGGCAAUUUGAUGGCCGCGCAUAAGUUCCAGCAAUUCUGGGCCGAGGAGGCCCUACACGGCUCGCUCAGGCAUCUCAAUGAACGCCUAGCUCUGGGGGCCGGUAGUGAUGGCAACAGUGGUUCGGCCGGCGGUGGCAGUGGUGGAGGCGGUGGACAACGAGAGGAGGCACUGUUGGCCAGUAUACCAGUGGACGGUCUCAAGAGUGACAUUGUGUUUAAUACAAUCCGGACCCGACUGUCCGAAGAGCCCGAUCUCGUCAAAGCCAUGCGAUUUGUCAUUCAAUUCAAUAUCACUAGAAAUGGCAAAGUAGUGGCCGUUUGGACCACGGAUACAAAGGUGGACGGGGGAGAGGUGUACAGGAGUGCCCCUAAAGUCAAACCCGACGCCAUCGUCAAUGUGGACGACGAGAAUUACGUGCGCAUACUAUUUGGUCAACUCAACCCUCAACGGGCCUUUAUGACGGGUAAGAUUAGCGUUAAGGGCAACAUAUUGUUACUGCAAAAGUUGGACUCCUUCUGGAACCAAGUUCAGGGACAACGGAAGGACCCGGAGAUGCCUCAAGUCAAAGACAUUAUGCUCAAAGAUCCAAUGAAACCCGGCCUCAAGAGCGAAGUGAUUAUCUUCGAUCUGAUCCAGAAGUUGGUCCGUUUGCCGAAUCUGUUGUCUGAAGGCUCGACAGUGCGGUUCGACAUCAAAAAGGACGGACAGUUGGCCUCCAAAUGGAGCUCGACAGUGCGGUUCGACAUCAAAAAGGACGGACAGUUGGCCUCCAAAUGGAAGCUGUCGUUCCCGUCGGGUGCCAACGGCUUGGGAAGGAUAGAGAGGGCCGACAACACCAGCGGUGCCGAUGACAACACUCUGACCGUCGAUGACAACGAUUUUGUGCGCUUGACUUAUAGCACACUCAAACUCGAAGAUGCGAUAGCGUCCGGUCGUGUGAAAUACAGUGGCGAUCCCUCAUCGGUGGCCAAACUGAGCAAAAUGUUCAACACAUCCAUAAUUAAAGCCAAAUUAUAGACUCAAUUAUUAUAAUUACUAAAGCGAUUUACCAAAACUGAUCCUGAUCAAUUCAAUAAGUCAUUUCAAUAAUUUUGUUUUAGUUGUUGUAAUUAUUUGUUGUUUUAAUUAUAUUAUUUUGUUUUACUCAGAACUCAACAAAAAAACUAUUGUUUUACAAAUUAUAC